CGGCUAUGAUAAAUAGAAUGAACGGGGAUGGUUCAAACAGAGAAAAGACAACAUAUGUAUUUUUAUUCUUUUUUCCCCUUAUUCCUUCCUAUACUUUCUACUCCUUCUUCCGUUAUAACCCCCAUGUGAACGUUGCGUAAUAUUAAAUAUUAGUUUUGUCAUCCAUUAUUCCCUUUCUUGUUCUCUUCUUCAAGAAUCAGAGAAGCGUGCGCAGUUUCUCUCAGAAUUGUCUGACAAUGUAGGCGGGAUCGAUUCGUUUGUAGCGCGUGUUACACUCGGCACGAUGGAUCGAAAUUUGCUGAUCUAUUUUUAUAUCCUCUGUCUGUCGCUAGUAGUCCAUUAAUUCGUUCAUUUGUGCAUGUGAUUUUGGCCGCUCGUUGAAAAUGUGGAAGGAGUUGCGCAUCCAUUUUCGGUUACGAAUUACGAAAUAUAAUGAGUAUACAAGUAAACAUAUCUUCUAACGGAAUUUUAACAGAAACAAUUAUAUCUUGAUAUAAAUUUUAUUACAAAUUUUCUUUUCUUCAUUGCAUAACGUUAAAAAUUAAAUUCAUAAGUUUCAUAAGUUCUUUUCUUAAGUUCUCGUUUUUUUCUUAAAUGAUUUAAUUAACAUUGAUAAUAAAUUUAACUAAGUACGUUAUAUGCCAUUUGCAAAGUAUAUGAUUAUCUAAAUAUCCGUAAAAACAGAAUGAUCUGCAAUUAAUUUAUUACUCACAUUUACUUAAAACAAUUAUUUUUAUAAUUUAUAACAUAUUACGACUUAUCAGAAUAGCAGACGAAUGUAUUUUAGUACGUUUGUACGCCGGCAAGAUGGAGUAGCAAGCGCAUUAAAAUGUCUCAGUUUACGCGCCUUUUAAUGAAGAAAUUUAAAUCUUCUUUCUAAUAUCCUUGGAUGGUGUUAAGAAAGCAGAGAAAAGAAUAUGUCAAAUACGCAAAAGUAUUUCCAUUAUCUACCACGUUGGAUUUCAAAGUUCCGAGCAAAUGGUACAGAAGAGUGGUUGGCUCGCUCGAAAUCAUCUGCGGUCUUGCCAUGGCAAUAAUUCCAAAUUAUAAGAUAAAAAAUUUAUCGAAUGCGGUAUUGCUCUUUUUGAUGCUAAUGGCCGUGUAUUCUCAUUAUAUGGUAAACGAUAGAUUUGAAAGAAUUGCACCGGCUUUGGUAUUUUUCUUUAUGCUGACUGGUCGAUUGGUAAUAGAUUGGCAAUUACGACGGGAGGAUGCACAACCAGUUGCAGCUAAUGGAGUAGAUGAAAAAACUAGAAAACAAGACUGAAUCUAUUUAUUUGAAAACCUGGCGAGCGUAUCUCUUUUACACAUUUUGCAAAGCAAAUCGUAUGUCGAGGCAGAAUUCUGUCGAUGAGAGAAGCAAAUAUAAAUACUAAAGAUAAACUACACUAAUCCUGCGAACAAAACAAAAUUAGAUGGAUGUCACAUUUAUUUCUAGUAUUCCUUCCGUUUGUGAAGAGGAUAGAAUAUUUUCGAUGAUAAUAUACGAAAAUGCUACGUCCUUUUUAGUAUAGACUCGAAUACGUCCGACAACGUAAAGUGAGCAAUAUCUCAUCCACAUCUUUGCACGUAAAUGAAAAUUUCCAGAUCCACGCUAUAAUUGUUUGGAUCGAUAUUGCUAUCCUUACAUUAAAAAUGAGACACAAUGUGUUAGCAGGUCCGUGUUCAUGCUCCUAAAUAGUAUGUGAAAUAUUUACAUUAAUUAUGAGAUACAAGGAGCUUGUUAAAAAUAUACUUUACCAAAGUCUGCAAUAUAUUAAUAAGAUGAGGAUUAAGUAAAUUUUGUUCCAUUGAUUACAUGACAUUAGAGCGCUUCUAUAUUAGAAAUUAAUCUAAUAUAUCCAUCAUUUCUUCAUUUACAUUGUCCAAUAAUGAAUAUGAAUAUUAAUUAAGCACAAUUAACUGCCACAAAAAAGAAAUGUGUUCUCCUUAAUAUCAUAACUGAAUGUGUGUACAUACAUAUAAAUUUGCUGUACUCUACAUAAAUAUCAAUUGCAUGAUUUAAAAUAUACAUGCCUACUUUUAUAUAUAUAUAUACAUAUAUAUAUGUAUGUAUGUAUGUAUGUAUUGAAUUUAUUUUACAAAUAUGUAGAGUCAUAAGCAUCAUUACGUUCCAUCAAAAGUUACAGUUAAGAAAAAAAAUUCAUAGUACAUUUUUGUAAACACAUUUUGGAUGAAUUCUGAUCAUUAUUGCAAAAAGAUUGUGACUGUGUGUUUAUAAAACAUAAAAGUGUUUGUAUGAUGUCAUAAAUAUUUAAAUAUACAGAGUGUUUUAACAAAA